UGUAGACAGACCCCAAGGCUUAGAUUGCAAACUCUUUGUGGCGGGGGCUAUCUUUUUUCUUCUGUGUUUGUACAGCACCUAGCACAGUGGGAUCCUGGUCAAUGAUUAUACAAGCUUGGGAGAGUCUCCCUGUUUGCGAGACAUCUGUCUCCAUGAGCAUAGGGUGGGUGGCAUGUUGCCUCCCUUUUAUGAGUGAUGGUUAGCAAGUGUCCUAGAAAUGUUUCCGUUUCAACUUUAAUUUAUAGUAUAAUUUGUGUACUAUAACAUCUGACAUUUUGAAACAAAAACAUUAUUUCAAAAUUAAAAAUUGAAACAAAAACACGACCUCCUCCAAAAAAAUCAUUUUGAUUUUUUUCCUAAACAACCUUUUGUUGAAAUUGACGCGGUCCGCAGCACAUCUUGAUUUUGUCAAAUCAAUUUUAUCUGAUGGCAAAUUCUUCCGUCGGAAGGUUUUCAACCAGCUCUGAUUACUUGUAUAACAAUAGCCUAAGAACUAAAUUGUGGACAAGCCAUCAAAUAAACCAGUGCAGAGACUUCUGUGGGCAGCUGUUUGACUUUCAAGCACAAUGGGUUUAACUGAAUUGUAAUCAUUGGUAUUGUGCAAUGCUGAAUGUGGACAAGGCCUUUCCCUGGUAAGAGAGUGGUGUAAAUUGCUUAUUGCACCAAGCAGCAGGUUUCUUAGGGGGUUGCAAGUGUAGCUAUACUAGUGCAAAUGUCUCUAAUGUAGACAGGGCCUUAUUCUGGAGGUGGCGGCUGUGACACUAGUUCACUGUCUUAGCUCUAAUCGUGGUAGGUGGCAGGCAGCCGGGGUGCUGUCAAAACAGUGUGGGAGGGAGAGCACUGGAUUACAUGCAAGACAUGAACUCCCCAACCUAAUAUUAAAGUAGCAUCCAGAGCUGGGGUGCAACCAGGGCUGGCUGGGGCUCGAACCCUCCAGAGCCCCUGGUCACAAAGGGCUGCAGCCUCUGGUCCCUCCUCUGGCUGGGCGGCUGAGAACCCCAGGCUGGGAGGAGCCCGAGGCUGAUGGGGGUCUCACACACACUCUGCCUCGCCUCAUCACAUGCGCUGCCCCAUAGAAAUGCCCCCACUGAAAUCAGCACCCUUAGGUCCCUGUGAGGAAAAUGCUGAUUACGCCCCUGAUCCAGGCCAGAUUUAAGCACAGUAAAUGAUUUUCUGCUUCCUUCAAAUUCCCUCUGCAGUUUCUUGUGCAUGUAGGCAGUUAACAGUUUAUGAUAAGAUUUAUUUUUUUCCCUGUAGCUAUGUGCCAUUAACCAGCUGCCCCAGAAGUGCCUGCAUUCAGUGAUUGGCUGAAGAAAUCCUUGUCCUUAGUGUGCAGCAAUGUUUCUAAGAUAUUUUUAGAUUGAAGGUGCCAAUGCAAUGUAAGACUUGCCCCUGCUAAAAGCCCCGGCUGUUUGUUUUGAUCACCGUGUGGCAAUGAAUGACAAAACCCAAAUGUCCUGACUCUUAAAUCUUGGAUUUCAGGUCUUCAAAUGACGGCGGUUCCUCUUCUAAACUCAGCUGCAGCCUGAGAGAGAGCUGAGCAGAGCCCAGUGUUCAUAGACCAUGCAGCUCACUCAGAGAAGAGAGCCUGAGAAUUCUGCUGAGGACCUUCUUAAUAACAAUAGGGAUCGAGAGAGGGCAGGAAAUCCAGGAGACCAGACAGCUUUCUCUCUUUCAGGUGACCAGCGUUGGACCAAGCCCUGGAAACGUUGUACACGUAAAUUCCUAUGUAUCCUCUUGACCAUUGCUGGUAUCGGCAUCGUGGCUUUGUCAGGGGUAGUACUGAAACUUGGUUUUGAUCCUCCACGCUCCCCUGCUGUCCCUUGGUGCCCUGACGGCUGGGUCGGGUACCUGGGGAAAUGUUACUAUUUCUCAGAGGCCGAAGGAAACUGGACCUUCAGCCAGAGCAACUGCUCCUCCUUCGGCGCCUCCCUGGCUACGAUCGACACCCUGCCUGAAAAGGCUUUCAUGCUGCGCUAUAAAGGCCUUUCCGAGCACUGGAUCGGCCUGCGGAGGGAAGAGGGCGAGCCGUGGAAAUGGGUGAAUGGUUCAGAAUUCAACAACCUGUUUGAAAUCCGAGCCCACGGCAACUGUGCCUAUCUGAACGACAAGGCUGUCGGCUCCUCGUGGUGCCACACGCUGCGCAACUGGAUCUGCGCCCAACGCGAUGCGCACACGAAGGGCUAGGGAAAAGCCGACGGGCCGCGGCGCGCGGUGCCUGACGUGCGUGGGACUGGUCAGGCCAGGCUUGUCGGACUUGCGAUCUGCUUUUGCUGCUGCGCUAUCCGCAUAUAUUGCAACGGAAGGAGCCCAGUCAUUGCCGCGGUCGUCUGCGCUGCUGUAACGUGACAGCACCACCUGCAGGGCGCCGAUAAGAUGGCUGGCGAGUUCCAGACUCCGGGCUACCGUUGAAUGAAGCGUUUCCUUGCUGCUGAAGGGCUGCUCCAGGAGAAGAGCAAUGCAGAGCUGACUCUUCCGUGCUACGUUGGGUGCUGGUGGCCGGGGCGCAAAUGAUGCCGCUGAGUGACUUGCUGCUGAUCCCUUCUCUGAGGAUAUUUACAUCACAGGGGCACCCGGAGGCUCCAGUCAAGGUCAGGGUCCCCAUUUUGCUGGCUGCUGUCCAAACAAACUUCAGUAAGACUCGUCCACCACCCCAGAGAACCUCACAGCCACAAACGGGAUGCCAGGGAAAAGGGAUACGACAUCCGAGCAGAAUGGCUGGGGCUUCCUACUGCCGCAUGCUUAAAUGCAGCCCUUGUCUGUAUUUAUUUCUUAAUGUGUUUGUGUCCGACCCAGCAGAGCCCGAUCUCUCCUUUCUAGAGGUGAUGGGCUGAUGAACCUCAUCAGGAAUUUGUUCCUGAAAGGGGUAUCCACUCAUUUAAAAGCCUUUAGACAGAUGCUUUUGAAACUCCCAUCCAAGUGUCUUAGAACCUGGAGGUAAUCUCUUUUAUUGGACCAACUUAGAAUAUAAGAACGGCCCGUAUUGGGUCAGACCAAUGGUCCAUCUAGCCCUGUAUCCUGUCUUCCGACAGUGGCCAAUGCCAGGUGCUUCAGAGGGAAAGAGCAGAACAGGCAAUCAUCAAGUGAUCCGUCCCGUCACCCAACAACUUCUUUAAGCUUGGCUUCCUUUUUCUUCAUAUUGUAGCGUUUCCAUAGAGACGGCAAAAUUCGGUAUCUUCCCUUGUCGCGUGUCCCAUGUCGGUCCCAGGAUAAAAGAUAUUCCCUCCCCCACCUUGUCUCUCUCGGAAGCUUUAGUCUCAUUGACAGCGACAGAAGGAAUUUUGCCGUGGGUGCAUUUGAUCCACCUCUCUGAGAGAAUUCUUCUGUCAAGCUACAUCUACAGUCGAUGGUACUACGGUGCACAGGGUGUGACAUUUUUCCUAGCCCUGAGCGAUGCAGCUGGGUCGAUCCGAUUGUUAGGUGCAAACCCAGCCUUACCCCCAUUCUGCAGUGGUGUAAAGGAGCUGUUUAAGGAAAUGGAGGGAAUCAGGCCCCAGGGCGUUCGCAAUAAGGCCGAGACCAAACUGUGAAAAGUCAAGAGUCAGGGCUUAGUUUCAGCCAGCCUCCCACAAGCUGCCUAGCUUGGGAGAGACUUUGGGGGACUUUCCCUGUUUUGCCCUGGCUCAGUAUUCUGUAUACUUGAGAAACACUGCUGCUUAAACCUUUGUCAGUAUAUAAGUAGGGUUUUGUACUCUCUUUUGCACUUUGUGUAAAUAAAUGACCUCACUGCUG